AUGGCCAGUAUACCAGUGAGGCGGACCCCUGGCCGACCUCGAGCUCGAAGACCAGCACUUACCGAAGAUUCCACACAAGAUGAAUUCUACGAUGUAGACCGGCUACUUUGGCUAUUUAUUCGACAACCUGGGCAGCCACUGAGCUGGAAAAUAGUGGAGGAGCAAAGUCUGGGAGAUGGUUCAGAGGAAACAAACAACUUUAUUGGGGAAGUUGUGGGACUACGUCUGUCAGACGGCGUGCACAAGUGGUCCGUUCGAUUUGGGGACGGAAUUUUGAGAGACUACGAGGCCGAACAGCUGGCUCGAGCUGUGAACAUGGCUCAUCAUCUCCAAAUUCGAGUUUCAAACUAG